UUUUGGACAGAUCCACCAUCACUGAUGUCGCUUUAUUAGGAGAUCCCGGAAGUGUAAAGACUGCUGCGCAAUUGGGCCACAGGGAGGCUGGGAGCUGUAGCGCAAUUCGGACAGGAGCCGAAUAAGAGAUUCGGGAGCAGCCAAUUUAAAGGAGAUCCAGCUAAAGGCUCUUCGCUUGCUAUGGAAGUACUAGUCGAUCGUCUGGAAAAGGCUGUGAAUCGGCUCGAGGUGGUUUCAGACAAACUUCAGGGUUGCUCUGGGAGCUUGUCCAAUGGCGAGGUGAACGGAUAUCAUGGUGAAUCCCAGUGCACGGAUGUAUUUGACAAUUUACUGAGAGGGCCUCUGUCGGAAUACUUGAAGAAUAGCCGGACUAUUGGAGGAGAUGUGGCAAAACAUGCUGAGAUGGUACACGGUGCCCUACUGGCACAGAAGACUUUCCUCAAACUGGUCACCACACACCAGGAGCCUUCACAGACAGAGCUGGCAGAUCUCCUCAGGCCCAUCUCAGAGCAGAUUGAGCAGAUCCAGAACUUCAGAGAGAAGAACCGCGGCAGUCGUCUGUUUAACCACUUGUCUGCUGUCAGCGAGAGCAUUCCUGCCCUGGGAUGGGUGGCAGUGAAUCAGAAACCGGGGCCCUACGUGAAGGAGAUGAACGAUGCCGCUAUAUUCUACACCAACAGAGUCCUGAAAGACUACAAAGACAUUGACCCUUGCCAUGUGGAUUGGGUUCGCUCCUACCUGAGUAUCUGGACUGAACUGCAGGCUUUUAUUAAGCAGCACCACACCACUGGACUCGUCUGGAGCAAGACCGGUCCUGUAGCUCCAUCGUCCAUGCUCAUGGCUGAACCUGCUACUCCCUGCCCUCCACCUCCACCUCCGCCUCCACCUGCGAUCACAGACGAUGGUCCAAAGGCUGACCACGGUGCGGCUCAGCGUUCAGCUCUGUUCGCCCAGCUUAACCAGGGAGAGAACAUUACUAAAGGAUUGAAGCAUGUGUGUGAUGAGCAGAAGACCCAUAAGAACCCUGCUCUUCGCUCUCAUGGUGGGACAAGCAAGGAUUCUUCUUCAAAAGGCACAGCUCCCAGCUCCUCUACUCCUACACCAGCUAAGAAAACAUCUCCAGUCCUGGAACUGGAGGGAAAGAAGUGGAGAGUGGAGCAUCAGGAACAGGUGCAUGAUCUGGUAAUAGAUGAAACAGAGCUGAAACAGGUGGUUUAUGUCUUCAGCUGCAACAACUCCACGCUUCAGAUUAAAGGCAAAGUCAACUCCAUCAUAGUGGACAACUGCAAGAAGCUUGGCCUUGUGUUUGAGAAUGUGGUUGGCAUUUUUGAAAUCAUCAACUCCAGAGACAUCCGGCUCCAGGUAUUGGGCAAAGUGCCCACCAUUUCCAUCAAUAAGACAGAGGGAUGCCACGUCUACCUGAAUAAGGAGUCUCUAAACUGUGAGAUUAUCAGUGCCAAGAGCUCAGAAAUGAACAUUCUGGUUCCUCAGGAAGAUGAUGAUUAUAGAGAGUUUCCUGUGCCGGAGCAGUUUAAGACCGUUUGGGACGGGUCCAAGCUGGUGACAGAGCCGACUGAGAUUGCAGGCUGAUUGACAUUCAUUUUCACUUCUAUAUCUCUGCUGGUAGCCUCCAUUACCUGUAUCUAUCACUGUACUCUCAGCACACAACCUUUUAUAUGCCUGAAUUAUAGCUAUUGACAAUUUAGUGUAAUAGAGCUAGUCUCCAUGCUAGAAAUUUAUGAUGAAGGUUCAGAUUUAACCACAAUAAUAAAAUUUUUUUUAUUGUUUUUUUCCUUUUACCAAUUUCAGGAAUAUGUAUUUAUUAGUUGCAUUAAAUCUGCCCUAGUUCAGGAUGUUAACCCCCGACUAAAAGCCAAAAUCUAUUCAAAUUAGUCAAGCACUAAGAUCACUGGUGAUAAUGACGAAAACUACUUUUUUUAAGGCACUUUUAAAUCUCAUGAAUCAGUUCUAUCCGUUAUGUGUUUUUUUGUUACAUGUAUUUCAAAACUUGUUUUUGGUUUUAAGUAAUAAGAAGCUUGAGAUUUUAAAUCAUGUUUUAGCAAGACAUUAGACUUUUGUUUUUAGACUCAGAUUAAGAACAGGACUAGAUACAAACUAGCGAAAGAAAUUUAAUAUAAACUUGUAGAUGUGUACAAAUGUGUGCCUCAAGGAUAACUUUUUUAUCUUUUUUUUUUUUUUUUUUUUUAAUUUAGCAAUUAUGUCUAGUCUACCAGGUAAUUUGCUUAUUUUUUUUGGUAUCAGCCACAGUGUGUUUCAUAAAAUGGUUUACGCAAUAAUGUACAGUCAACCUGUGCCAUCAUGGACAUACACUGAAAUAACAUUAACACACACACACACACACACACACCUCAGCUCAUCACAGAUAUUUAUCUCUUGAUGAUAUCAUCUGCAUAUUGUAACCACUCUAUCUUGCUGUUUCAAGUAUAUCAACAGUAUUUAAGAUUUCUCUAGAGUUUAUUUCUUUGGUGACACUUCAAUCCAAGCUGACGUAUACAAUCCACACACAGAGCUGACAUAUAAAGACACAACAGAGGAUCUCUUACCAUCUGGGAUUUGAACUCAUAGUGAGGGUCAGAGUCAAGAGUCACUUUAAUCAUUUUACCUCUUAAUUUCACACAGGAGAGGUUCAGAAUCUCUUAUGUCCUUAAUAUGGCUAUUAAGUAAAAUCUUAAAUGCAUCAUCUGAAGCCACAGAAUUUUUGUUAUAUUGUUCCUCGUUGUGAAUAGGGGCCAUUCUACCUUUGUGUUGUACUGUUUGUGAAAUCCUCUACGGUCAGUAUAUUUAAAGGGACUGUUUUCACCGUGUUCUUUGCACAAGAUGAUAUGGUGUAUAACAGAUCACAUAAAUUCACCCAAUAUAUACAUAUAUAAUAUAUAUAUAUAUAUAUAUAUAUAUAUAUAUAUAUAUAUAUAUACACACACACACACACACACAGGAAAAGUACAGGAAAGCAUUUUGUAGACCGACUUCACCAGUAUGAAUGAAGCGUUCUUUUAGGCCUGGAGAACUUGUAGAACUUUAGCUGCUCUGCAUUAAAAAAGCUAAAUGUAUAUAACCGUUUGUUAAAACCAAGGUAACUAUUAUUAGGAAUAAGAACUAAUCUGAAAAAUGUUCAAUGUUCUGCACACCACUCUAAUCAACACUGUUUUAAGAGAAAGAAGACAGCAUGUUUCCACACUAGUCCUACAAAUAAAACAUUAUGAAUCUCUGA